CACACCUCUGAGGGAUCCGCGGUCAGGGACCCCAGCUGAUGAGGCACCCGUGCCCGAGCCAUCACGUACGACCACCCCUGAGCCCGCACCCCACUCGCCAGGUCGGUCCUCUCCGCCACCUCAGCCAGCUCCUGAGGAGUACAGAGGACCGGAUGACCAGCCUGGGUUCCUGGCCGUGGGCAAGCUGGCCACGGCCUUAGUGGGGUUGCGUAGCGACGAGGCCUUGUCCGAGAGGAGGGUGGACGAGCUCAUUGAGCUCUACGAGGCCCUGUCACCGUACGACAGGGCCAGAGUUGUCUACCCUCCUCGCCAUCGGGAUAGGCCAGCUCAGGGGCGCUUCUAGGCAGCAAAAUCGGCUCACGCCAGCAUCACUGGUGUGGAAAGCCUGAAACACUGCCUGGUCGGACAGACCUCUGGACCUGCCACCUGGCCGAGUGCCAGUCGCGUGGUGGAAGCAGUAUGCACCCAGCUGUGCCACCUCUACCCCUCAGGCACCAGAGUGUACGGCAGCCGGAGGAGCUGGGACUGCAUACUGCUGCAUUACCACCACGUCCGCGACUUGGUGCUUGGCCACCAGAGGCUGAUGGCUCGGGCGCCUAUUCAGCUCUUCGAGCUGAAUCAGAGGACCCUCUCCCAGUGGUUCAUGAAAACCCAAAGGGAGAAGGUGAGGACUGUGUUGGCACCGGGACCAGGCGCUGCAGCAGAGGGGCGACCACAACCACCACAACCACCACCACCACGACAACCACCACAACCACAACCAACACCACCACCACCACGACAAGCUGCAGCAGCGUACUGGUACUUGAUGGUCACGGAGUACCUGGAGUGCCGUCGGUGUCAGAGGAAGGUGGCUGGAUGGUCGCAGGAGGUCGUCAGACAGCUGGAGCCGGGACGCCAGUCUCAGUUCCCGGCUCUCUUGACGUACAUGCUUUCCUGCGACCAGCGGGUCAUUUCCAUGCUGCGUGAGCGUACUCGGGGGGAACAACGCCACGCAGCUGUACAAGAAUGGAUGGAUUCGACAAAGAAGGUGAUGUAUGCAGUAUGCAGGCACCGGGACCUGGCGCUGCAGCAGAGGGGCGACCACAACCACCACAACCACCACCACCACGACAACCACCACAACCACAACCAACACCACCACCACCACAGCCACCACCACGACAAGCUGCAGCAGCGGGCUCAGCAGCAGCAGCAGCGGCGGCAGCAGUGGUGGUGGCAGCAGCGGCAGGCCCAGCGGCGGCGGUGGAUCGUCCCCCAGCUGAGGUGGUGGUGCACAGACUCAUCAGGCCACGGCCGGCAGCAGUGGUGGCGGCUAACCCGGCCCGGCCAGCGGCACCACCAGAGGGUGAUGGUGCUCCUCAACGUCCCCCCACUCCCCAUCCUCCCUCAGACACUUGCAGCGGCACAGCUCCUUCCGCCACUUGCUGCAGCACACCCUGCCACAGCUGGCCCUGCCACUGCUCCUCCUCCCUAUGUGCCGUACUCCACCGUGUACUACAGGUGGAAGAAGGGGAGCAGGGCCAAGACUCCACAUGUGUGCGGACAGUGCGGACAGCCCAGGCGGAAGGAGACUGGACACUCCGGCUACAAGUCGGACACUUUCUGUGUGGCGGCAGCGGGGAGGUUGAGGGAGAUGCGGGAGAAAGACAAGAGUUGA